AUGAUCACAGAUGACAGAUUGCAAGAGAUAAAAGCUCACAGUGGAAGUGACAGUAAUCUUCAAGCAGUUGCAAAAAUGAUCAGAGAAGGAUGGCCAGAUGCUAGAAAUAAAGCUCCUGAGUGUGCUAGAGCUUUUUAUAAUUAUAGAGAUGAACUGCAUACUGAAGAUGGUUUAGUGUUCAAAGGAAAUCGUUUAAUUGUUCCUAAGAGUCUCAGGAAACAGAUGUUGGACAUUGCACAUCAAGAACACAUUGGAGUGGAGGGUUGUCUAAGAAGGAUGAGAGAAGCGCUGUUCUGGCCAGGAAUGUCCUCGGAUCUGAAAGCAUUGGUUCAACAGUGUGAUGCUUGUUUGUCAAUUAGAGACCUUCCUCCUAAAGAACCAAUGAAAAGUCAUGAGUCUGCCCUUCGUCCAUGGUCAAAAGUAGGAGCUGAUCUAUGUCAUAUUGAUAAUCGGAUACUCCUUAUAGUAGCUGAUUAUUUUAGCAGUUUUCUUGAAGUAUCAAGAGUAAAUAAUACGACAUCGACUGCCAUUGUUAGAGAACUACAAAUUAUAUUUUCUCGUCAUGGAAUACCGGACCAGUUAGUAACAGAUAAUGGGCCACAGUUUAUCACACCAGAAUUCUGUUCUUUUGCAAAGACAUGGUCUUUUGAACACAUUACUUGUAGUCCAAGGUAUGCACAAUCAAAUGGAAAGGCUGAGAAUGCCGUGAAAAUAGUAAAGAAAAUGUUCACAAAGUGUAAACUGACUGGAGAAUCAGAGUUUUUGGCUUUACUUAAUUGGAAUAACACAGCAACAGAAGGCAUGUUGACUAGCCCAGCCCAAAGACUUAUGGGUAGACGUUGUAAAACUAUCAUGCCCUGCAUGUCAUCAUUACUAAAGCCUAGAUAUCCUACACAGCAAGAUUCUUUAGUUAUCUUGGAAAAAAAGGACAAGCAGGCCCAUUACUAUAACAGAGGGACACGUGCAUUGAAGCCUAUACCCGCAGGAGAGGUGGUACGCCUCAGACUGCCAGGUAGUAAGAUAUGGACUCCUGCGCUUUGCAUGGGAGAAGUCGCUCCUAGAUCUUACAAAGUCAAGGUGGGAAAUAGAGAGUAUAGAAGAAAUCGACGGCAGUUAUUGGCUACAGGAGAGAGAUGUUCGGAUAACUUUGAGAACACUGAGGUUGAUACUGACGAGCAAUUGGACGAUAAUGAUCUGGAACAGAUCUUACAAGAGCAGAGUUUGAUACGGAGCUGCAGUCCACAACAGAAAGAAAAGAGUAAACCUAAGCUGAGAAGCGAGGAUGCCUGUGAGCCACUUGUCGUUAAAGAAGCCUAUUUGGAGGACGAUGUUUUUAAGACAUCCGAGCCUGAAAUCCAAAAUAGACAUUCAACACGCUUCAAGAGUAAACCUAAACGUUAUGGAAUAGAUGAUUAUUGA